AUGGCCGACAUGCAAUCACCGUCCUCCAUGGCCGACCCAUCUCCAGCACCAUCCUCAAGAUCCAGGUCUCGAGGGCCAGCGAAAGCAAGAUCGAGAUCGAGACCGUCAAUGCGCCGGCGAGAUUCCUCCCCCGCACCUUCCUCCUCUCCGCCCGGCCUCCCAACGCCCUCAUUCUCCCCCGACGGACAAACCGACGAAGAUGAUCUCAUCGAAGAUACCCUAUCACCUUUCGAUCCGCGGCGGAUCACGCCGACCCUCCAUGCGUCUCUUGUAUCGGAGAUCCUCUCCCUGCGCCGGGAAAUAGAAAACAAAACCAAAGCAAUCGAUGGAUUGGAAGAUAGCUUGGACGAGUCGAGGAACGAAAAUGAGGCUUUAACUGCGAAUUUGUCCCAGGCGACGUGGGAAGGGCGCUCAUUGAAACACCAGAUCCAACUUUUGGAAGGUGGAAGUUCCUCUGCGAUGACCGAGUUGGCUCGGGAGCGCGAUGAAGCGAUUCAAAACAUUGGGGAUGUUCGUAAGAAACUCGAGCAAGCGCAAAAGAAAAUUAGAAGUCGGGAAGAGGAGGUCGAACGGACUCAGUUACUUUGGAGUCGCGAUCAGGAGUCAUGGGCGGAUGAACGCCGAGCCCUGGAGCGCAAGGUCCACGUAGUUGAGGGCCGCUUGAAGACUGUCCUGAAAGAGGUCGCAGCCGCCCAGGAAGUGACGACUCUCCAUUCACAUUCACAGCCGAGUGAGAAUGGUAAGCCUUUCCAUGACAAGAAUAAGGAAAGUGACACGGCCAGCGUGGCUUCUAGUAGCUUGGGUCGCCGACGCACGAGCGUGACCACCGUCAGCUCGGAUGACGGCGAGGAGGCUGCUGGUUUCCACAAUGUGCGCUACUCUGUUAUGAGUCUUGCACCUGGAGUGAAGAACAGUUCGGGUCUGAACCUGGCCGAGGAACUCGACUUUGAUGAAGAAGAUGAGUUUGUUCCCUCUGAUGAUGAACUUCUCGGCUCCCCAGAUACGCUUCCCGAAGAGCGACCAAUGUCCGUUCACUCACAGGGGUCGCAUAGUGUUUCCUUCAAGGCCAGAAAGAUUCUGGGUCUUUCCAUGCAGAGCUCCGAUUCACCCACUGCCAUAGAGUUCCGUGCCCGAGAGCUUGGGCUAGCUAGCCCAGUGAGUCUUGGACCUGACAGGGCCGCCGAAUACCACGAUAUUGGAAUCCAAUAUUCGCCUCCUCCGUCGCCUCCGGUAGAGGCAAAGACCGUAGAUGACGAUAUUCCGGAGUUGGGCGGCACGACACCAGAAUCUGACGGAGGAGCCAAUGUGCAGAUGGACUGUGUCACGCUACCCACUGCAACCGAGAUGAUUUCUAGCUCUUGUCAAACCGAGGACGAACUUCCAAGCCCUCCAUGGACGCCUAAGGUGGCAGACACGCCGUCUCAAUCCAUUGAACCCGCCCCAGAGCUGGUGCAAAUGGCAUCGGCGGCUACCCAAACUGAUGUUAUCCCGGCGGCAGAAGUCGCUCAAAGCGAGGAACAUACCCGCUUGUCACCGGAUGAUGUACCACAGCCGAUGGGCAUCCCAAUGAUCGCCAUUCACCCGCCUGGUUCAGAACCCUCCUCGCCUCGGAACAGCGUUGUUCUUCCACCACAGACCAAGAACGUUGCCUGCCAGGCCAAUUUCCGGGCAAUUGUUGACUGUCGAUCCGUCGCCAUCCAGACCGAGGAUAUCCGUCUCGGCGAAUUCCCUGUCAGAGUUCCUACAACUCUUCUUCCCUCUGCUAUUCAAGACCCGCUACCUCGCGUUAAAACUCGAGAACCCAGUCUAGAGCCUUAUACUGUGCCCCCUCUCCCGCCACGGUCUGAGAAGCGAACACAAUACCAGAGACAUUUCGCCACUGAUCGUCCCGCUAAGUCUCCGAGAGUGCCUGGUCCAGACCACGUGCAGGCCUAUCCAGGUAACAAUGACAAUGGUCCGCUCUCAGACGAUACCACGUCCAAUAUUCGACGACCUUUGCGGUCUAGCAGUCUGUUCGCCGGAUUUGAACACAACAGUGACGAAGAAGGCCCUCUUGGAGAGCGUGAUAUCUUCACUGAUGAUGAGCUCCUCAACCGUCCAUUCGCUGCGUAUACUGUCAGUCGUGGCAAACUCGUCAAUGCGGCAGCGAGACCUAGCUUGGACGACAUGGCUCUUCCCGAAGUGGACGAACAGAUGUCUUCGCCAGAGUCCAGGCCACCUGACAUCGGCCGUUCCCGGGCUCCUCCCAGAUCUGGUACGGCCUCGAGUAUUCGCCAGCCUCACAUGCGCAAGAUGGCUAUGAUUUCCAACGGAAGCGCCACACACCAGAGAUCUCGUGCUCGGACUCCUAGCGAGCCAAGUAUCGACAGUGGCAGUGCAGGCUCAAGCAUUGCGCCGCCGUUCCCAGUUCCUAUACGCCUAAGCUCCCGCAAUCUCCCGCUCAACGGCAGCGAUGGUCCCCCAAGUCCAACUCGCUCAUCGGGCAGACAAUUCUCGGAUCGCGGUCGUCAGGCUGUCGUCCGUCGGCCAACCCUCCGCCGCGUUCGAUCCGCUGCAGCAAUGUCCCAGUCGGAUCCCACGGACCGCCCAGAAACUCGCUCUUCUCCUUCACGAUCGAUCUCAACCUUCUCCCCCGAAAGCCCCACAUACCUACCCUAUCGACCUCCGCCAAUGCCAUUCGAUGAAAUUACGGCACCUCGCCAGCGGUACCCAGCUCCGAAGCGCCCGGCGCAUCGUUCUACACCAUCUUAUAACUGGAGCCAUGAACAACGUGAGCGCAAGGACUCUACUGGCGGCGUGCAGCCGACCAGUGUUGUUGAUGCCAUUGCGCAAACCAUGGUUGGCGAGUGGAUGUUCAAAUAUGUCCGUCGACGCAAGUCAUUCGGGAUGGGCGAGUCCAAGGAUAAUUGGGAGGGUAAAAACCCUGACGAAGUGUCUGCGCAUAUCACCAAUAGUGGUGUGCGGCACAAGCGAUGGGUCUGGCUUGCCCCAUACGAAGGCUCCAUAAUGUGGAGUAGCAAACAACCUACAAGUGGACCCGCCCUACUCGGCAAGAGUGGUCGCAAGUUCACCAUCCAAUCUGUCCUGGACGUCAAAGAUGACAACCCUCUACCCAAGGGCACCAACUCUUCAAGUCCCUUCAACCGCUCCAUCUUGGUGUUAACACCACAGCGCGCUCUGAAAUUCACAGCGCUGACCAUCGAGCGCCAUUACAUCUGGCUAACGGCCCUAUCCUUCCUCAGCCACUCAUCAGUGGGCCUCCAAGAAUUAGCAGCUCUCCCUCCAGUCCCCCAAGAAGAAUCCCCUUCCCUGCCUCAUGCUGGUCUCCGUCGAAACCCAAUCCGCGAUUCCAUCCGUGUCGCAAAGGGCCGCCCCCGCCCACAGCCCAUGGGGAAACGCUCCUUCAACAGCGCCGGCGCUCCAGCCCCAGUCCCCGAAAUCCCAGGUGGUAGUAUCGAUCUAGCAGCCGACGCACCACACGUCCCACGUUUCUCCUCCCACAACCGUAAGCGCAGCAACACCGCCCCCCGCGCACCAGCCCUCAACACCCUCCGCAGCUUCUCCAGCCAGGGCACCAUGCCUUCCUCACACAGCGCGGGAUCCUCGGAUCUCCACUACCCUGCCACGCAGCUCCCAAGUCUGCCUCCUGGCAUCAGCAGUCGCCGCACCUCCGAAGCGAGUGGGCGCGCCCCCAGCGUGGCAGGCAGCAACGUGUUUGACAUAGGCACUAUGCGCAUGGAGGCUUUCAUCGAUCACCAUGCGGAGCAAAUCAAUCGUGCUCCACGUGUGCCUCCGCGCCAGCGCCAUAUCCGCAAGACUUCUUCUAGUCAGUGGAGUGAGAGGCGGUAUGAAUUUGAUACGCCUUCGGUGAAUGGCAGCGAGUUCUCCUAUCGUCCUGAUGAUCCGUUCCGAGGGUUCUGA